GGCUUAAUUGCGCAUAGGGCUGUCAGGAGGAGCAAGCUGUAACUGUUCCCACUCUUGAGCUCUCUUUGCUGAACCAAACGGCAUAAGAUACUGGUCUGGAGGCUACUUGCACUCUCUCGUUGUUUUCCGAGACGUUUGAACGUUUAUUUUGCAUGAACACAAUGAAAGAUGAAAACUGUCGGUGCUGAUGGAAUGUCCGUUCGUACGCGGCGUGCCUUUCGGGAAUUUGUUUUUUUUAUUUUAAGGAUCACUACAAAGAUACAUGAUUUGUUGGGAAAAAGAAGACGAAAACAUGAAUGAACACAGACCAACGGCAGGGUAUGAAAACAUCCUGGAAUUGUCACCUAAUUACACCUACAGCGAUUACAGUGACUAUUAUGAUACUGAAGUGGCUGAGGAUCACCAAAGAGAAACUUUGCACUUAGUCUCAAUUGUUGUUUAUACCAUCUCUUUCGUGUUUGGCCUCAUUGGGAAUGGACUCGUGAUUUGGGUCACGACUUUUAAGAUGAAAAUGUCAGUCAAAACGGUUUGGUUCCUGAACCUAGCCAUUGCAGACUUUGUUUUUGUGCUCUUACUCCCCCUGUCCAUUGAUUACGUGUUUAAGAACUUCCACUGGAAUUUCGGAAGGUCUUUCUGCAAGAUCACUUCAUUUGUUUCUCUUCUGAACAUGUUUGCCAGUGUGGGUUUCCUAACUGUCAUCAGCUUGGACCGCUAUCUAUCACUAGUUCACCUCACCUGGUCCCAGAAGUACAGGUCACCAUUAAAUGCAUUCAAACUGAGCUUGGGAGUGUGGGUCAUGGCAGGAGCCCUCGCUUCCCCCAGUCUACAUUUUAGAGACACUAUCCACGUAGGUGACAGGGUUAUAUGCUUCAACAAUUUCCACGAGAGCAACUAUAGCAUGGCUCAACUGAGGCACAUCAUUUUAGUGUGUGUCCGCUUCGCCUGUGGAUUUCUUCUUCCCUUCAUCACAAUGGUGGUGACUUGCAUCCUGUUGGCGUUGAAGCUGAGGUACAGAGGUCUGCCUAUGCUUUCCAACUUUUCCAAAACCGUCUCUGCCGUGAUCAUUGCCUUUUUCAUCUGCUGGACCCCGUACCACGUGUUCAGUUUGAUGGAACUGUUAGUCCACAGCCACGAGAGCCCGAUGCUGCACAAUAUACUCCGAACCGGCUUCCCUCUGGCAACCAGCCUGGCAUUCCUCAAUAGCUGCCUCAACCCCAUUCUCUAUGUGCUCAUGGGUAAGAAGGUCAAGGAUGUUAUUGGGAAGUCCUUUUCAGUUGUCAUGAAGAAUGCCUUAAGAGACAGAAGCCAAUCAGGAACUGAUACAGAGGCUGUGCCAAACAGCUUCUGCACAGAGACAGAAGGAGAGUGUAUCAGGCUUUCUUCAGUAUAAAGUGAGCAGUAUAGCAAGCAUUGAGAUGGUGUCGGGAGACAUGGCGUGAGUGUGAUAUCUAUCCCAAUAUUGUUAGUGCGUAAUGUACUUUCAUGCAUUUUAUUAAUUAGCCAAAUUAAAGCUUUACAGUAACUUAGCUGUAUUGUAGUUUUAUAUAACAAUGAAACACUAAGAGAAGUAUACUGUUUUGAUUCGCUUGAAGUAAUAAUGUUUGAUAUUAUUUUGUCUGCCUAUUCACCCCCUCAGAGACAAAAAGAUCACAAUGACUAAAUUAGUUUGCUCGGUUUAUUUAUAUCUAUAAAGUAUGUAUAUCAGUUUGUUUCCUAUUUUACUGUGGAAUUAACCUUGUAUUCAUCAUUGGACUCUGUGCUAUUGAAUUGACUGAACAGUAAUAGGGGAUACUUCAAACAGUUCUUCUAACUAAAAUAACCAGUAUUAUAUUAAGCUGAAAAUUAUACAUUAUGCACUUAAUAUUCAUUUUAAUUACUGUAUGAAAAAACAUUUAGAUUUGUAAUCCUGAAGUAGUCACUUAUAUUUAAAUAUAUGCAUCACAUUCAUGCAAGUGUUGAAAGUAUUAAGCUUUAAAGUGUUUUAUGAAAAUAAAACUUCUGCUUUGGUCAUGCAGUGUGCUUGAUAUAUCAAAUCAAGAUAAACAAUGGUCCACAUACAGUAAGACAGUGGGAAUGAGGGCAAAUUCCAGCCAACACAGAUAUCACUAUGAAAUGAACACUGCUUUUGCCACAAUACACUUUGUAUAAAGUUCCACCACUGGCAACAGUGCCCACAUAUUGGUAAUUUGCCAAUCCCAUCUCAUUAACUCUGUAUCCUCAUUCAGCAUGUCAUUUACUUCAGCAAGGAACACACUAUUUCCAAGUUGACAUGCAUUUAAGAGGCCCUGCAUU